AUGUCCUCCUCCGGUUUGGAAGUGGUGGAGGACAAAACGAAUGAUAUUAGUGAUGGCGGGGGCAGCGGUGUUAACAGUAGAGCCUUGGAACAUAUAUCAGAAGAAUUAGAUUUGGAUGCAGUAAGUGACACUGAAGACAAACUGCGACUGCUAUUCGUCGAAGCCAAGUCUCGGAUUGAAGCCCUUCUCCAACAGCAGCCGCAAGAUGUUCCAGAAGAAAGUAAAGAUUCAACAAGAAUUAGUGACAUCUCAGCUUCAUCAUCUGCUCACGUAAGACUCCCAAAACUAGACCUCAUCACGUUUGAUGGUUCUCCUCUACAGUGGGUAAGUUUCAUCAACUUAUUUGACACUAGCAUCCAUCUGAAUGAAAGCAUUUCAAACGUCACUAAAUUUCAAUAUCUUCUCAGCAAGCUCAAAAAUGAACCACUAAAUCUCGUAAAAGCUUUCAGUAUCACUUCAGCCAAUUACUCAAUUGCCUAUCAGCUCCUCAGAGACAGAUACCACAACACCCGAAGGUUAACUACACUUCACCUAAACAAACUGAUCGACCUACCGGACAUUUCCUCUACCUCAAACAAAUGUCUCAGAACGUUCCUCAACUUGUUUUAUGAACACACAGAAGCACUUAAAGCUCUUGACUGUGACAUUACUUCUAACUCUAACCCUCUGUUGUCCACCAUACUCUUACGAAAACUAGACAAUGACCUUCUAAAACAACUAGAGGCUUUUAGAAUUAAUAUAAAAUGCGAAACACAUUCUCUACCAGAAGUAGUCGAAAUAGUCAAGUUUCUUAAUCAAGAGUGUAACCAAAUGGAAGACGCUGUGUUACAUACCAAGUUUGCUCAAAGUACGAACAACCACAAUUCAAAUUUUAAACCCAAAUCUUUCACAUCCAAGCCCUCUUUCAUUCAAGCUCAGAAAGUUACAAUGGUCUCUACUCCAACUCCAUCAAAUCAAGACAACUCAAAAAAUCCUUUCUCAUUUCCCUGCUUUGUCUGCUCAUCAACUGGCCACAAGGUUUAUGCUUGUCCUAGCUUUCUCUCUCUUUCUUCAAAUGAACGUUGUGAAACCGUAAAGGACAACAACAGAUGUGUCUCUUGCCUCGGAAAACAUGAUGUUAAAACAUGUAAGUCUAAAGCAUCUUGCUUCAAAUGCCACAAACGUCAUCACACCUUACUUCAUUUUGAACAUGACAAGACAUCUCAAGGUUCUACAUCAUCACAACCAUCAACCACUCAUGUUUCGAAUGAAAAACCUACCGUAUCUCUUUGCUCACAGGAAGCCAGUCCUGCUAAUCAAAUCCCUAAAACUGUAAUUUUAGGCACAACACUGGUUAAAGUUACUGCUCAAAAUAACGUUUCUCAUGUGUUCAGAGCAUUGAUUGAUAGUGGCAGCAUGUGUGAUUUUAUUAGUGAAAAAACUGCUCAACUACUGAAUGCACCUCGUUUCAAAUCCAACUUACAAGUAGUUGGUCUUUCUCAAUCUCCAACUCUCACAAAGGGUAUUGUGAACCUCACUGAUAACACACUGGCAGGAAAAUUAGUUGCAUCCAACCAUGAAGUGCACAUACUUGAUAAAAUAUCUGUCAAUCUCCCUAGAUCUCAAAUAUCACAAAGAGUUCUAUUGAAAGUAAAACCUUACCCCCUUGCUGAUCCCAGCUUCCACUUAUCAGGGCCCAUUGACAUGCUGAUCGGAGCUUCUCUCUUCCCUCUUCUUUUAACGAAUGAAAACUAUUCUCUCGGCCCUAACAUGCCUAACAUGAUGGGAACUCACUUUGGCUUUGUUGUUAUGGGGAAUGCACCUUGUUCAACCGAUUCCCAGCCUGCCAACACUCCAUCCAUCUCUCUGCUCUCAACGGUUGACAACGAAUUGCAUAACUCUCUACAGAAAUUUUGGAAAUUAGAGGAAUUAUCUGUACCCUCAAAGAUAUCGGUUGAAGAGCAACAGUGUGAAGAUCUGUUUAAAGCUACCCACUCUAGGGACGAAAAUGGCCGUUACUUAGUUCAGCUACCAUUUAAAGAAAAUCAUCCACCUUUAGGAUCUUCCAAACUCAUCGCAGAACGACGUUUUCACUCACUUGAACGACGUUUUACACUCUCUCCUGAUUUGUAUAAAGCUUACUCUGACAAUAUAAAUGAACACAUCUCUCAAGGUCAUAUGGUAAAACUACCUCAUCUAGAUAUCAACUCUCCUCACUAUUUCUUGCCACACCAUGCAGUUGUGAAACCAUCCAGUACCUCAACUAAACUCCGAAUCGUUUAUGAUGCAAGCUGCAAAACCAGCUCUGGAAUUUCCCUAAUGAUUCUCUCAUGA